CAGCGUCCAUCCCGACUUCAACUCCUGUCAGGCUUCCAAAGCACGCACCCACCGGUGACCAGACAGAGCGCGCCGGGCUGGAGGUCGAGAUGCAGUGCCUGUUUAUCUGUGCCAACAGGGCAUAACGGCGCCGUACAAGACAGACAGACACUAGCUCGCCAGAGACGUCGUGUUGUCGCGGUCCUUGCGAAGGAUGUAGCGGGGAAACGGAGAGAAGAAGACAGAAGAAAGAAGUUUAAACUUUGACAGCACUGAAUUCAGGCGAAGCUCAGCAUCCGUUUUAGACUGUUUCUGGAAAACUUUAACGGGAUGAAAACAUCAUCUCUAACUGGAUGUUGAUGGGACUCAUGAACCGGCCUGUGCUCUGAAACUGUCGACUGACAUGAAUAUCAUAAAGCCCCUUUAAAACGGACUGAAUCUUUUUUAUUAUUGUUAUUAUUAUAGGACUUUUUUCCAUCUUUCGUAUUUUAUUCCGGAUUCUUAAUAUAUGGAAAAGGGAGAGUAAAGUGAUGAACCGGGACAGAGCGGUACCGGGACCCGGAGCCGAUGCGGACACGGUCCAACCUGUCAUGAGUCGGGAAAGAGGGGUCCCGGCGUCCGGAGGAGACGGGGUCCAGACCGUGGUGUGCCCGGACAGCGGAGACAUGCUAGAUGGAGGCGGCACUGGGGAGAAGCGUCUGUUUUCCAAUGCGGUGGCCGUAGGCAGAAAUGCUCAAUCUGUGGAGAAUCACUCGGAACCACCGCCAACGAACCCGGUGUUAGCUCCGCCACAGCAGGGCCCCACCGGGCACCGGACUACCUCUUUCUCCGUACUGGACAUCUUGGACCCCAACAAGUUCACGAGCAAACAACGUCAUCACCAGCAGCAGCACGCGAGCCACCGCGGCGAGCGCGAGCUGAGCUCGUACGGAGCCGAGAACCGCAGGGGAGGAGCGGUGGAGCGCGAGCCCAGCCUGGAGUCCGGCAAGGGCUGCUACGGUACAGAUGAAUACCAGAGCAAGGAGAGCUUUGUAUAUAGAAGUCCAGAUGAGGAUGACUACCAUAGAUCUGGGACCCCAGACUCAGAGGCACCCGAUGAGCCCUAUAGCAGUGAGGAGAGCAGCUCAGCUCUUCCCAGCAAUGGAGAGAGAGAGCUUAGCCAGCACAGCCACCAGGACUUAGGCAGAGACACCAAGAGCCCCAAUGGAGGUCCUGCAGGGGCCAGCGGCCAGACCAAUGGGGGUCAGGGGUCCAAGCCCAAGAGGAAACGCUCUGGCUCAGACUCCAAGACAGGGAAACCCCGUAGAGCCCGGACUGCCUUCACCUACGAGCAGCUAGUGGCACUGGAAAACAAGUUCAAGUCAACACGUUACCUGUCAGUGUGUGAGCGGCUCAACCUGGCCCUCUCCCUGUCCCUCACCGAGACCCAGGUCAAGAUUUGGUUCCAGAAUCGCCGGACCAAGUGGAAGAAACAGAACCCUGGAGCUGACACCUCCGCCCCUACUGGUACAGGAGGAGGAGGAGCAGGAGGGGGAGGAGCAGGGGGAGGCAUGGGGAGCCUCAGUCCUCUCAGCCCUUCUCCCCCUGUGAGUGGGCAUCUGGCCAUGCAUGCUGGCUAUGCCAGUCACCAUCACCCCCCUGCUGGAAGCCUCGUUCAGCUGCCUUUCCUCACCGCCAGCCACGUCCUAUCUCCAUUUAUGCUGGGGACACAAAGUUAUGCUGCGCCUGCCUUUUACAGCACACACCUGUAGAUAAAUGCAACCAGACCUUAGAGUUACACACAACCAUAUCUUGAAAAACGGACAGAAAAGUCUAAAUGAGUGAAUGAACUGCAAUGCAGCAGACAGUCUGUCAGCAUUUAGCGUCACUCCUGUUUUUACUACCAAAAUACAAAGGCUUUAAUUUCAAUGGAUUAUUUUGAUAGAAUGUGAAGAUCACCACACACUGUACAUAUAUCUAUGUUCUAGUUCCCUAUUCAGAAUGCUGUUUGAAGCUAUGUAAAAGACAAAUUGUUGAUUUGUUGUUGUUGUUGUUGUUUUAUAAAAGAAGUCUGUAUAAAUACUGAAUGUUUAUUUAUGACUUUAAGGAAUGGCUUGAUCUAUUGUCAGUACUGUGUAACUCCAGCUGUGUUUUUAUUUCUGUUAUUUAAGCAAUUUCUUGACAGUUUCCAUAACAUUCUUGGAUGUACUGAUUCCUCAGCUCAACAUGAUAUCACCCUUUGGUAUUAAAAUAAUGACAAACAGAAAAAAAGGAGCAGUGAACUUUUUUUAAUGACAGCACCCCAAAUUUAGAGAGCAGGCAAGAUCUUCUUGAUAUCUUUUAUCUAAUGUAUGUAUUGUGUAUGUGUACACACACACACGCACGUAUAUAUAUGAUUUUUGAUAUAGUGCUAUAGAGUGCUGACACUUGGCCCUGAGAUAGUUUGGCCAAAGAACUUACUUUACUUUAUAUAUUUUGUUUUGGAUUCACUCUGGGGCGCUGUCAUGUUGUCCAUGAGUCUAGGUAUGCAAGACAAAGUCAUAUUUUGACUGCACCCCCUCCUCUAGUGGCUGUAGUAAUUAUGCCAGGAGGUGUCAUAAAGUUGUCAUACAGUAGGUGAGGUGACAGUAGGUAAUGGUACAUAGCUGAACUUUGUUCACUGGUAGAUCCACAACACACAUGGCUGAUUAGCUUUAUCCAUUUAAAAUGCAAAUGCAAAAAUGCUAAGUCGCCUUCCUACCUACCUGAACUGUGAGUCAUGUAAACCAUUUAGGCAUUCUUAAGUACUGCAUUAGAAAACAAGUUCAUAGAAACACAAAUUUUGACACAAUUUUCAUCAGUUUUAGUAAUGCAAACCAUCAUCAUCCACUGUUACGGGACCAGUAUGACUUCCUGGUUAGCCAUGUCUCCAUCAGCAUAUUGUAUACUGAUUAAAAAUGUUUUCUCUUGUCUUUCAAAAUCUUUCAAAUAUUAAACAUUUUCUGGACUUUCUCCAACUUUAGUCUGAUUUAGGAGCUACUUUUAGUGAUAAAUGCUUUAAGAGCCACUCUCUUAACCCUAAGUUUUCUUUGCUUGGGUCAGCCUCUGAAUGAGCAGAUAACCAAGUGAACAACACCGAAAACAGAGAGCACUCAUUUAACCCAGGGUUAGUUAAAAAGGAAUGGAAGGCUAGCGUGGUUUGAUCAAUUUUUGUUUGGUGGAGGUCCAAUUUGAUCACCUGAGAAAACAGAAAAGGGUCUUUGAUUUGGUUCACCUUCAUGCACUGGAUAGCACCAAACUAGAGAUCUCUAGGUAACAUGGGAAGUAAGAGAUGCUACAUUGUUUCCCUCUUGGUGGAUGGAAU